AUGAGCCCUUCGCUCUUCGAUCGCCUGAUCGCCUGCCGGACCAUCCACGACCUCGAUCACCAAAGCAACCACUUUCCUGUCAAAACGACCGUUGACAUCGAAACGCCCCAACCGGCGCCACCAGAACGCCGAAACUGGCAGGCGACCGAUGACAAGAUCCUUCUGAAUCAUGUGACAACCCAUCUACCACCACCAACUGCCAUCAACAGCGAGAUCGCCAUUGAAAUAGCUACCCAGACCCUUCUGCGCGUGGUCAACCAGGCGGUCGAUCUAUCAACGCCCUGGGCCAAGCCAUCAACCUUCUCGAAUCCACUGUUUGACCAAGAAUGUAAGGAUGCGGUCAAACGCUGCCGAAAGCUCCGCAGGUUAUUCAACCGCAGCCAGGAUCCUCUGCAUUGGCAGCUCUACACACUGGAGCGCAAUCAGAAAGCACGCAUCGUCAAGAAGAAGCUAUCAACUGGCCACCGGCAAAUAGUUCAACAGUCCAUUGAGGAGGGCCCCCGGGGUAUGUGGCAACUGGCCAACUGGGCGCGCAACCGGCAGGGUUCGUACGAGCGUGGUAUCACGCCCUCGCUCGUCACGGCAGAGGGCGGCCUGGCAGAAACGGUCGAUGAGAAGGCGCAGGCGUUCCGACGGGCGUUCUUUCCUAUACCUCCGCCUGCCGACCUCUCUGAUAUCACCAAUGACGACGACUACCUACCUAAUCAGAUUCACAUGCACCCUCUCGCCCUCCAUGAAGUGGAAGAUGCCGUUCUUUCGGCGGGCGCCAGCAAGGCACCCGGCGAGGAUACCUUACCCAACAGCCUUUGGCGCAAGCUCAUCAAAUUGCCAGUGGUCCUGCAAACUCUCACUGCCAUCUUUGACGCAUGCGAUCGUGACUAUCAGGUCGCCAAGUCCUACCGCCCGGUCGCCCUCAUCAACAUCCUCGCUAAGUUCCCAGAGGCCGUGGUUGCCAGGCGAAUCUCAUAUGCAGUUGAGACGGAAGGUCUGCUGCCGGCCCGCCAUCUUGGUGGGCGGAAGGGGAUUUCCACUAAUCAUGCCAUUCAAAUCCUACUUGAUCGCAUCAAAACUGCCUGGGGUAACGGCCAACCGGUGGUUUCGCUGCUGCUUCUCGAUGUUUCUGGGGCAUACGACAAUGUGUCCCAUGACAGGCUACUGCACGAUCUGAAGAAGCGCCGGUUUGGCCAAUUGGUCCCAUGGGGCUCACCAAUCUCACCCAUCCUAUAUCUACUCUACAAUGCAGAUCUCAUCGAAGGAUGCACUUCGCUGGCGGGCGAUCUGACGGGCGUUUUGGUGGGCGAUCCAACGGGCGACCUACCGGGCGGCCGGCCAGAGGUCUUUGCCAACGGCUGGAUGGACGAUGCGGCCAUCAUGGCCACCGGUCACUCCGAACAGGCCAAUAUCCACCAGUUGGAGAUGGUCUGCCAGAAGGCUGACAGGUGUGCAGAAACGCGUGCGUCCGUUUUUGACAAGAAGAAGUACUCACUGGUGCAUUUCAUCAAUCCUCGUGCGAUUCUGACUAAUCAAUCAAUCAAUCAACACUCCAUUAACCUGUUACAGCCUAACUAG